CUAUUUCCUAUUAUUUUUUAUUCAUAAAUGGUUGCAAAUACUAUAAUUUAUUUUUCCUAUAUGCAGGUUUUAUGACUGGAUCAUUUUUCAAUUUCACCACAAACGCCAAUCACUUAAUGAUCAGGUUUUUUCCAGAUGAGGAAGUAGCGAUUGCAGGAGUUGCUACAACUUGUGCAUUCAUCGGCGUCGUUGGGGCAUUAUGUGCUGGCUGUUUUAUGGACUAUUCACAUAAGUUUAAGGAAACAGCUGUUGCUCUGUGUAUGGCAAGUUUGGUAUUUCAUAUUCUGUUCAGUACGACUCUCUACCUCAAAACAUUAUGGGUCCAAUACAUUCUUGCAGCUGGUUUCGGGUUUUGUGUAGCUGGAUUUUUACCAGUAGGAUUAGAAUAUGCUGUAGAAAUAACAUUUCCUGCAUCUGAAAUGAUUUCUUCAAAUUUACAAUAUUUAUCUUGUCAAGGAUUUUCGUUAGUUAUUGUUCAGACAGUCACAUUAUUAUUAAAUGCCUACGGUCCUAUCCCAUCAAACAUUGUACUUGCUUGUCUUCUUCUACUUUGUUCUGUUAUAACAUGUUUUCUGACUAGAAAUUACAAAAGAAGUACUGCAUCAGCUCCUCCUCUUGAAAAUAAACCAAAGAUUGAAACUUAAAAUUUAAAUUAAUAUAGCAAAUAUAUUUAUGUUUAUAUACUGUUUUUUAUGAGGAUUUCUCUCAACUAUGUCAUUUCAAUAAUUCAUUUGUCAAAUAUUUAGUCUUGCAAUUGUUUAAGUACAUUUUUAUAGUUUUAAUGAUUAUAGAGUUAUUAUACACUUUUCGUGUAUAGAUUUGUAAAAUGCGUCAUAUUUUUUUGCAUCUAGGUAAAAUUUAGAUGCUUUCAUUGACUUACAAGUUAUUUCUUUUUAUCGACUGUACAAAACAUUCUUGAAUCAGUGUUUUAAAAUGCAAAUUAGUUCUAAUCAUCGGCUUAAACGCAAAUAUAAUUAACUAGCAAAAAAGACAAAUUUAAAAGCAUGAUAAUUAAUUAUUUAUAGUAAAAUAUUUCUUUUUUUUUACACAACCAAACUAACAGAAGUCUUAAGAAUGCUUAUUAACAAUAAAACCUAUGUUUAUUCUUU